AUGGCGCCCAUUGCGCGAUCCGCCCGUCUUCUGCGCCGAGUCGCCCCUUUCGCUGGUGCUGUGACUAUUGGCAGUGCCAUCGUUUACUACAGCUACCGACCCCGCGACAUCCCCGGCUUCGAAGCCGCCGCUGUGCCCCCUCCCAUUUACGGCGCUGAUGGUACCUUCAAGCUCCCUCGCUUCCCAAAAGUCAAGUCCCGAGAUGAGCAGAUCGCUGCGUUAAAGCUCAGUUCCGCGAUGCCGGACGAAGAAUACGAUGUCUUGAUCGUGGGCGGUGGUGCCACGGGCACGGGAGUCGCCCUCGACGCGGCGACUCGCGGAUUGAAGGUGGCAUUGGUCGAGAGGGACGAUUUCUCAUCGGGAACAUCCUCCAAAAGCACCAAGCUCGUCCACGGAGGUGUGAGAUACCUAGAAAAGGCCGUUUGGAAUCUCGACUAUGCGCAAUACCAGCUGGUUAAAGAAGCUCUAAAAGAACGCAAAUACUUCUUGCAGACGGCGCCUCAUCUGAGCAUGUGGCUUCCCAUCAUGCUGCCGAUCGACCGGUGGUGGAAGGCGCCUUAUUACUGGGCCGGCACAAAAGCCUACGACUUUCUCGCAGGCAGCGAGGGCAUAGAGUCUUCCUACUUCCUCACCCGGUCAAAAGCCCUCGAAGCCUUUCCCAUGCUGAAACGGACCGAUCUUGUGGGUGCUCUUGUUUACUACGACGGCGCCCACAACGACUCCCGCAUGAACGUGUCCAUCGGCAUGACGGCAGCGCUCUACGGGGCUACCGUGGUCAAUCACAUGGAGGUCGUCUCUCUCCAGAAGGAUGCUCACGGGAGACUAUGUGGUGCUACCGUGAAGGACCUGGUCGCUGGGAAAAACGGCAGCCAGGUCGAGGAUAUUCCGGUCAAAGCCAAGUGCAUCGUCAACUGCACUGGCCCUUUUACCGACUCUAUCCGGCAAAUGGACGAGCCCAGCUGCAAGGCCAUCGUUAGCCCGGCUUCCGGGGUCCAUGUUAUCCUUCCUGGAUACUACAGUCCUUCCAACAUGGGUCUCAUCGAUCCCUCUACUUCGGACGGUCGUGUCAUCUUCUUCCUGCCAUGGCAAGGAAAUACCAUUGCGGGUACCACUGACGAGCCCUCCUGUAUCUCUCCCAAUCCACUACCCGAUGAGAAGUCCAUCGAAUGGAUUCUCAAUGAGAUCAGCCACUAUCUCUCCUCCGACAUUAAGGUGAGGCGGGGUGAUGUUCUAGCCGCCUGGUCCGGAAUCCGCCCUCUCGUCAAAGAUCCCAAGGCCAAGAACACAGAAUCUCUCGUGCGCAACCACCUCGUCGACAUCUCGGCAUCGGGUCUGCUUACGUGCGCUGGCGGAAAAUGGACAACCUACAGACAGAUGGCCGAGGAAUGCGUUGAUGCAGCCAUCGGCGAGUUCGGCCUCCAGACGAAACCCGUCACCAACGCCCCCCGCAUCAGCGGUACAGAAUUCAUCGACGAUGGCGCCAUGCUCGACGGCACCUGCAAGUCCCACGAGGUCCGUCUUAUCGGAGCCCACGGCUUCAGCAAGACCCUCUUCAUCAACAUCAUCCAGCACUUCGGAAUCGAGACCGAGGUCGCAAAACACCUCACCGAAAGCUACGGCGACCGGGCCUGGACCGUCGCGGCCUUGUGCCGGCCUACGGACAAGCGCUUCCCCGCCCGCGGCGAGCGAAUCUCACAGUUGUAUCCAUUCGUCGAUGGAGAAGUGAGGUAUGCCGUCAGACACGAGUAUGCCCAAACGGCGGUCGAUGUUCUUGCUCGACGUACGCGACUUGCCUUCUUGAACGCCCAGGCAUCGCUCGAAGCUCUGCCGAGAAUAAUCGACAUCAUGACCGAGGAGCUGAAGUGGGAUGGCCACCGACAAGAUCUGGAAUGGAGAGAAACGGUCGCCUUCCUCGAGUCGAUGGGGCUGCCCAAGCCGAUGCUCGCAGCCACUAGGAAACAAGUCGAGCAAGGCAGAAUUGAUUUUGCGAGCUCGCUGGAGUAUAAGAUGUACUCGCGUCAUAAUGGGAUUGCCGAUGAGUAA